GAGCAGGGAUGACAGGGAAGCAAGCGUAUCCAGACGCUGCCGACCGGACCAGUUUGGAAUAUACUCCCCAUUUACAACUCUCUAUCUGUUCUCCACCGCUCAACUGCAUCCGAGUUUGGUUAGAGAGCAUUUAAUACAAGAAACUCUCUCAAACAGGUUCUUUUUUUUUUUUUUUUUGCUUUUGAUUUACAUUUCUUAAAUGAAUUAGAAUAUAGGCUAGUCUCUCCCAAAACUCGUAGUUGACCAUUCUUCCAAAUGCUUCGCCUGCCAGUGCUUUGCAUGUGGGUUUAGCCGGUGGUUUCAGCCCUGCGUCCAGGUGGUUUACGGGAAAAGGUUGCACAGGGAAUAUUUGAUCUUUAAUUUAGAUAAAGACAUUUUUAUCUUUUGGAAGCACGUCCACUAUUUUUUUUCUCUCCCCACAAUGGCUGAUGCUAACGCAGAAUGCAAUAUCAAGGUUUUGUGUCGAUUUCGUCCUCUGAACAAGUCCGAAAUUAUCCGCGGAGAUAAGUUCAUCCCAAUAUUUCAAGGAGAAGACACUGUCAUUCUCGGGGGGAAGUCGUACGUGUUUGACCAGGUGUUCCCCACUAACACCACGCAGAUCCAGGUCUACAACACCUGCGCCAAGCAGAUUGUCAAAGAUGUACUGGGUGGAUACAAUGGGACUAUCUUCGCUUAUGGGCAGACUUCCUCUGGAAAAACACACACCAUGGAGGGGAACCUUCAUGAUCCCCAGGGAAUGGGAAUCAUCCCCCGGAUCGCAGAGGACAUUUUCGAACAUAUAUUUGCUAUGGAUGAGAACCUAGAAUUCCACAUAAAGGUCUCCUACUUUGAGAUCUACAUGGAUAAAAUACGGGACCUGCUGGAUGUGACAAAAACCAACCUGUCAGUGCAUGAAGACAAAUACAGAGUUCCUUAUGUGAAGGGCUGCACGGAGCGCUUUGUCACGAGUCCUGAGGAAGUGAUGGAUGUGAUAGAUGAAGGGAAGGCCAACCGUCAUGUUGCUGUCACCAACAUGAAUGAGCACAGUUCCCGCAGUCACAGCAUCUUCCUGAUCAACAUCAAACAAGAAAACGUGGAGACAGAGCAGAAGCUGUGUGGGAAACUGUACCUGGUCGACCUAGCUGGGAGUGAGAAGGUCAGUAAGACAGGUGCAGAGGGAUCAGUGCUGGAUGAGGCCAAGAACAUCAACAAGUCUCUGUCGGCCCUGGGGAACGUCAUCUCAGCCUUGGCUGAGGGAACGAAAUCUCACGUGCCGUACCGUGACAGCAAAAUGACUCGCAUCUUACAGGACUCGCUGGGCGGGAACUGUCGCACCACCAUGUUCAUCUGUUGCUCUCCCUCCAGCUACAAUGAUACAGAGACCAAAUCCACUUUGAUGUUUGGCCAACGAGCCAAGACCAUAAGAAAUACUGUGUCAGUGAACCUGGAGCUCACAGCAGAGCAGUGGAAGAAGAAGUACGAAAAGGAAAAGGAGAAGAACAGGUCAUUGAAGGAGACUGUUCAAAGACUGGAGGCUGAGCUGAACCGCUGGAGGAAUGGUGAGGAUGUUGUUGCGUUUGAACAUGUGAGCCUUGGAUCAGAGGACAUCCCCCUGGGGCCUCCCGAAUCUGAGGAGCCGCUACUCGACAUCUGCAGCCCCUGCAGCCCUUGCUCAGUUGCUUCCUCCAUUGUGGUUCACAUCUCUGAGGAGGAACGGCAGAAGUAUGAGGAGGAGAUCCGCAAGCUUUACAAACAGCUGGAUGAUAAGGAUGAUGAGAUAAACCACCAGAGCCAGAUGGUGGAGAAACUGAAGGAGCAGAUGCUCAACCAGGAGGAGCUUCUAGCAUCAUCCAGGGGUGACAGCGAGAAGGUGCAGUCAGAGCUCGGCAGGCUGCAGACAGAGAAUGAAUGUGCUAAAGCCGAGGUGAAGGAGGUCCUCCAGGCCCUGGAGGAGCUCGCGGUCAACUACGACCAGAAGAGCCUGGAGGUCGAGGAGAAGAGCGUGCAGAACAAGCUGUUGGCUGAAGAGCUUGCAAAAAAAAUGGCUCACCUCAUGGGUUUAGAGGCGGAGCUGUCCCGUAUCCAGGAAGUGAGCAGCCACCAAAGGAAACGCAUCGCUGAGAUUCUCAACGCCCUGAUGAGGGACCUGAGUGAGUUCAGCACCAUCGUUGGAAACGGGGACAUCAAGCUGCCCAUGGAGAUCACUAGUGCGAUCGAGGAGGAGUUCACAGUGGCCCGGCUCUACAUCAGUAAGAUAAAGUCAGAGGUGAAGUCGAUGGUGAAGCGCUGCCGCCACUUGGAGAACCUUCAGAUGGAUUGUCACCGCAAGAUGGAGGAAACGGGCAGAGAGCUGUCCUCAUGUCACCUCCUAAUUUCACAGCACGAGGCAAAGAUCCGCUCUCUGACGGACUACAUGCAUAAUGUGGAGCUGAAGAGGAGGAAGCUGGAGGACAGCUAUGACUCUCUGAGCGAGGAGAUGGCCAAACUCCAAGCUCAAGAGAGCAUGUCACAGGUGACCAGCGGGGAGAAUCUAUCGUCUGUCCAGGAUUCCUGUUAUAUAAAGAGGGCUUUGGAGCAGCAGAUGGAGUCACACCGUGAGUCGCACAGCAAACAGCUUGGAUGCCUGCGAGACGAGAUGAAUGAGAAGCAGAAGAUCAUCGAUGACUUAACCGAUUGUAACCAGAAGCAGCAGCUGGAGUUGGAGCAACUGCACUGUGACUUUGAACGUCUCAGGAGCCAAGAGCAUCACAAGAGCCGGCAGCUGGAGGAACUGACAUUUCUCCAUGAGCGGCAUGAACAGUCAAAGCGGGACCUCAAAGGGCUGGAGGAGACUGUUGCUCGUGAGCUCUACACCCUGCACAACCUCCGCAAGCUUUUUGUUCAAGACCUCACAUCUCGAGUUAGAAAGAGUGCACAGAUGGAGGCUGAUGAUAGUGGGGGAUAUAUGACCCAGAAACAGAAGAUUUCCUUUCUUGAAAACAACCUGGACCAGCUUACAAAAGUUCACAAACAGCUGGUACGUGACAAUGCAGAUCUUCGCUGUGAGCUUCCAAAACUGGAGAAACGUCUUCGGUCUACAGCUGAGCGAGUUAAGGCGCUGGAGGGUGCGCUGAAGGAGGCGAAGGAAGGAGCCAUGAAGGACCGCCACCGCUACCAGCAGGAGGUGGAGCGUAUCAAAGAUGUGAUGAGGGCUCGCAAUCCCUUCCGCCGGCCCCAUGCUGCACAGAUAGCCAAGCCUGUGCGUGCUGGCCACUACCCAGCAUGCUCUCCCACCAAUCCCUUCUUCAUCCGAGGCUACAGUGAUCACCCCAUUGCCUUCUACAAAGCUGAUUUCCACAACAGCAACAACCAACACUCUGCUGCUCCUGCUGUUCCUGCAACACCAGAGGGUGAGCCCAGGUUACCCGAGACCAACUCCAAACAGAACAGCCCCACCAAACACCUCAACUCCGAAAACAAUGAAUCACACGACAACAACGCUCAGGACAACAUCCUUCUAGCUGAACCACCGAGCCAAGGAGACAAGAACACUGCAGAGAUGCUUGAUUCAGAAAAUGGAAACACCACAGAUAUCAAUGACAACAGCAUGUGUCUGAAUGUGAAUUCUGUGUCCAGAACUGACGUCUGUGACAAUCAGGACCCAGCCAAACUCUACAGUCUGCAGCCGGAGGCCUCAGCCAGCUAAUAGUCCUGAGCAGGCAGACGUUUUUUUCUGAGGCAUCCUCUGUAAAUCUGCAUGCAGCUGAUCUCUGUCCUCCCAGCCUCCCCUUCAUCUCUCACCCUCAUCUGCUGUAAACAGACCUCUAGCUCUCUCGUGUCCCCUUUCCUUUCCCUGCUUGCUCCUCUUCAAUCCGUUCUCUUUCCUUUACAAUAAUGUGGGGUGUAUGUGGGUAUCAGUAAGAUCCAUAGCAAGCACUGCAUCUCAAAUGGCAGCUGACACCCAUAUUGCUGCACACACUCAUGAAAACAAAGGGACCAUAAAUAGUAGGUGGGAAAGAGAAGAUGUAGUACAGUAGGUAGCCACUAGGGUGUGCUGUUUGUCUCAGAGAGGGUAUCACAGUGGACAUAAAACCAGUACAUUCAAGCUGAGGUUAGUCUUUACAAUUAUUACUAUUAUUAAUCGUGUAUGGAUCUGAAAACUCCAAGUUAAACUACAUGAAAACAACAUGAAAAAGGUGAACCUUGAGCUCACUUUACUAAUUACACUUUUGACUGUGCAUGAUGAUUUUUGAUGUUGGUUUUCAGCUUUUCUUGGAAAAUACAUGAGGUGUAGGAAGAGAGAAAGUGGAGGAUUACUAUGAAAUGUUUCAGUCUAAAAUUGCACUGUAAAUCAAUGUCAAUGGGGAAUUCAGUCUUUAAAAUGAAUUGUAAGGAUAAGGUUGGUAUUAUUAUGGUAUAAUAUUUUUGUUAUUGUCAACAAAUCUCAUUAAAGACUAAAAGCUACAAUGCGUUACUGUCUUAGUAUUUUCUGACUUGCCCAGCCUGCCUGAGGCUCUCAGUCUAAAGCCAAUUGAAGACAUAAACCCUAAAAAACAGGCCUUAAAUAUAUUGUUUAAUUUGUACUAAAAGGCUGAGUAUUUUCCAAAAAACAACAUAAGGUAGUUUUUAGCAAGCACUACUAAAACAGGAGUAAAUAGUGUUGUUGGGGACUAUUUUCAGCUGUAGAAUAAUACACAUUUGGUGUUCUAGUGAGUUUUCACAGCAGCAGGGAAAACUAAACUGCAGUGGCUAUAUUCAUAGUAAGGAAGAGUCAUGCAAUCCAAUGCAGCAGUGUGGUUCAUUGAUGUAUUUUUUGUAAACAACGGAGGUCGUUGGCACAGUGAAAUUAGCUACUUUAUAUCAGGCUUUAGAGGCCACACUUAUUGUUGGUUGGUUUCUUUUCAUGGGAUUUGUUGACAAUAAGAAACAUAUAGAAUAUCACCAGACUUCUCCUUCAACGUGAAACAUUUGAAAGUUUCAGUCAAAAGUGAAAGCAAUAUUGCUAAUUUGUGAAUGUUAUCCUUCCAUCCUUCCAUAUCCUUCAUACUGUCUGGAUUUUUGAACGAUUGUCAGUGGUCAUAGUAACAAUAUAGUCCAUUAUGUUUUGUCGACUACUGUUGCCAUGUAGGUAGACCAGCACACACUAAACUAAAGUACACAUACGAACACCUGCCACUGUUGAAACUUGGCCAAGCCUUUAAUUUAGACAAUUUCUCACAUUUGACCUUUUUUACUCAAAUUAAACAAAGGUCAUUAAGUUUAUAUAUACAGUACAGUCUUUAACUCCUAAAUACUCUUCAAGACACAACAGUUUUGUAUUUUGGUACCCUUAGAGUAUAUAUUUCAGAUACUUACAUUCCAUAAUAAAAAGUUUUUCUCUUGUUAGAUUAAGAUAAAUAGUUUACCAAAUAACCCCUAUAUCCAUAUACAGUCUAGCAAGUUUUUAGAUCACACUUUUCAUAAAGACAUUUUCAAUGUCAAAGCUUCAGAUGGCUCUGAUAGUGGCACCAUCUCACCAAGCACACUUCCUCAUUUAGCACAAUGGUUCUUCAUUGUGCUAAAUGAGAAAGUUGGUUAGAACAUUGUUUAAAAUAAAACAUUCAAAUAUUCAGUUUAACUUCAGUCACCACAGCAUGUCUGGGUUUUGGUACACUGCACUGGUUUCUGAAAAGCAAUUUUGUCCGACGCACAAGUAAAGUCCAAAACACAUUAUUCCUGAUUGUUUUUAAAAGACUGACUAUGUUGUGGUAGAGAGACUUUUAAUCAGAAUCAGAAUCAGCUUUAUUGGCCAGGUUUGCGUAAACAAACAAGGAAUUUGACUCUGGUUAAUAUUUGCUGGUUAAUAUAACACUCACUUAACAUAUAAAGAAUAAAAACAGAGAUGACAGUAACAAAUAUAAAAAAAUACUGUUAAGUGUACAGUAUAACAAUACAAUAGAAUUUACAAUUUUAAGCUGUAAAUUAUCCUUACAAAAAACUGCCUGUCAGGGAUCGUCUGUGAGAUAUUCAGUCAUUGUCAUGUCAUCCAAAAGCAUGGCAGUGUGGAAAAAAAGAAUUGUGUAGCAACUAUUUUUAUACUGCUAGUGCUAAUUAAAAGAA